GUCAGUUGGGUUUACGGGGAGCCUAUCCACGUUUGAGCAGCAGCAGCAGCAUCAAACGUACUGUCAUCCUGUGGACACAAUUCAAGCUGGGGAUAUAGUGAAAGCCAAAUCAUAAUUACGGAGCUGUCCAUCACAAAGCGGGCCCUGUGAUCCAAUUCAGCUCAACUCUCCGCCACCCUGUUGAGGGUAAACUGGAACGCUACCUGACAGAAACACUCCCCAGAGAUUCCUGAGUUCACAACCUACUUUUCAGGUGAUAAACCCCUGCCUUUGAGAUUCCUCAACACUUCAAUAAUGGAGGACGGCUAUCAGAACAAGACAGCCUUUAUAAAGGGCGCCAAAGACAUUGCCAAAGAGGUCAAGCGCCAGGCGGCCAAGAAAGUGGGCCGCGGUGUGGACAAGAUGACCGACGAGUACAGCAAACGCUCCUACGCCCGCUUUGAGGAAAACGACGACGACGACUACCCUGUAGUGCCUGGGGGGCAGGACGGUGGUUACUACCGGGGCGACAGCCAGGCAGCCAAUGACGAGGAAGGUGGCCACAGCGACUCCACAGAAGGUCACGACGAAGACGACGAGAUCUACGAGGGCGAGUACCAGGGCAUUCCCCGCGCUGACUCGAGCAAGGCUGCUGACGGCCUAGCAGGGGGAGAUGGGCAGCAGUUCAGGGACAUGGCACAGUUUGAGGGGGAACGGCGGAAGGACCAAGAAGAGCUAGCCCAGCAGUACGAGACCAUCCUGCAGGAGUGUGGCCAUGGGAAGUUCCAGUGGACCCUCUACUUUGUGCUGGGGCUGGCGCUCAUGGCAGACGGUGUGGAGAUUUUCGUAGUGGGCUUUGUGCUCCCCAGCGCCGAGAAAGAUAUGUGUCUGUCAGAGGAAAGCAAGGGCAUGUUGGGUCUGAUUGUUUAUCUGGGAAUGAUGGUCGGGGCAUUCGUGUGGGGUGGGCUCGCUGACCGGAUCGGCCGACGGCAGUCCCUUCUCAUCUGUCUCUCCAUCAACAGUGUCUUCUCCUUCUUCUCCUCCUUUGUUCAGGGCUACAGCACCUUUCUCUUAUGCAGACUACUUUCUGGUGUUGGGAUCGGUGGUUCCAUCCCCAUUGUGUUCUCCUACUACUCAGAGUUUCUGGCCCAGGAGAAACGUGGGGAGCACCUCAGUUGGCUCUGCAUGUUCUGGAUGAUUGGUGGCAUCUAUGCCUCAGCUAUGGCAUGGGCCAUCAUCCCACACUAUGGCUGGAGUUUCCAGAUGGGCUCUGCGUACCAGUUCCACAGCUGGCGUGUGUUCGUCCUGGUGUGUGCAUUUCCCUCUGUUGCGGCUAUUGCUUCUCUCACCACCAUGCCAGAAAGCCCUCGCUUCUUCUUAGAGAACGGCAAACACGACGAAGGCUGGAUGAUUCUGAAACAAGUUCACGACACCAACAUGAGAGCAAAGGGACACCCAGAGAAGGUGUUUUCUGUCACCACCAUCAAGACUGUAAAGCAGAUGGAUGAGCUGGUGGACAUGGGUGGAGACAUAUCAACUUUGCGACGCUAUAAAUUGAAGCUGACCAGCCUAUUCCACCAGGUGCGGAGUAACUUCUUGGCCAUCUUCAAUCCAGAGUACAGAAGGACCACCUUCAUGAUGAUGGCUGUCUGGUUUACCAUGUCGUUCAGCUACUAUGGGCUGACAGUGUGGUUCCCUGACAUGAUCAAGUACAUCCAGAAGCAGGAAUAUGCCUCGCGCACCAAGUUCUUCACCAAGGAGCGAGUGGAGCAUGUCACUUUUAACUUCACCUUGGAGAACCAGGUGCACCGCCAAGGACAGUACUUCAAUGACAAGUUCAUGAACCUUAAGAUGAAGUCCAUGGUGUUUGAGGACUCAGUGUUCGAGGAGUGCUACUUCGAGGACAUCACCUCGAGCAGAAGCUUCUUCAGAAACUGCACCUUUAUCGCAACUCUCUUUUACAAUACAGACUUGUUCCAGAACAGAAUCAUCAACAGCAAACUUGUAAACAGCACCUUCCUACACAACAAGGAAGGCUGUCUGUUGGACUUCACUGAUGACAACAACGCCUACAUGAUCUACUUUGUCAGUUUCCUGGGCACAUUGGCCGUGUUGCCCGGCAACAUUGUGUCAGCCUUGCUGAUGGACAAAAUUGGACGUCUGAGGAUGUUGGCGGGAUCAAGUGUCAUAUCUUGUGUCAGCUGUUUCUUCCUGUCAUUCGGCAGUACCGAGUCGGGAAUGAUCGCCCUCUUAUGUCUCUUCGGCGGCAUCAGCAUAGCUUCCUGGAAUGCCCUGGAUGUGUUGACUGUGGAACUGUACCCCUCGGAUAAAAGGACAACUGCAUUUGGCUUCUUAAAUGCCCUUUGCAAGCUGGCUGCUGUCCUCGGCAUAAGCAUCUUCCAGUCCUUCGUAGGCAUCACCAAGGCUGUGCCUAUCUUGUUCGCUGCGGGCGCACUCGCAGCCGGCAGUUUCCUGGCUCUAAAGCUGCCUGAAACACGGGGCCAGGUUCUGCAGUAGCACAAUUCACCACCAGAAGGCAGAAGAGUGUAGCUGCAGUGGCCACAUUGCAACCAGGGCCCGACCAACCAUACAAUCUCAGCCCAUUAAACACCAAAAAAACUGACUGUCAUCAACAGUAUCACAACAGUCCCAGAUUACUGAGGGAAAAAAAUGAGGAUAGCAUCAUACUUCAAAUGCUGAUGUAACCCAUUUAGCCUGCACAGACUAGCUGACAUCUUCACCACAGCGUAAAAUAGCACAUUGGGUUUUCUUUCUAAGAGAUCCUACAGGUUAGACGGAAUGAAAUCCUGCCAACACAGAUAGAACUUUAUAACCCACUGCCAAAGGAUGCAAAGAUACUGCUUGAUAGCUGCAAUGCUUAAUGGGGAUAAAUUGAUCAUAGAUACUUCCCAACAAAAGAGAUCAAACAUCUAUACACCCUCAAUUCAUCCUAGCAUCCAUAGCUGACCAUCAUGCCAUUCAAAAAGGUUACAGACGCCCUCCAAUAGAUUGCUUUCACUGUAACUUAGCUUCCUGCUGAAAAAGCGGAGCUCAAAUGAAUACUUGAAUAUUAAAUGGAUGUUUUUCAGCUCUGGCUGAUUAUAAUAGUGGUGAAUCAUACUUCAAAGCUUCUUGUCCUUUGUAAUCUGAAUGGACUUGAUGAGUGAAAGCCGUAUGAUAGAAGCCCAUUGGUUGAUCAGCCUAUUGCUUGCAUCUUAUAUCCUCUGUCCUUUAGGAUCUGUGGGGAAGAAAGGACAGGAUCAUUGUCAUUUAAAUCUCUUAUUGGCUUCCUCUGAAAGAGAAUAUUACAAACAAUAUUUCCCUUACCGGGUGACAUGCACCAAGCUCCCUGCUUCAAAAUAAUGAUAUAUAUUAUUUGUUCAAACUUGGCAUUGAUACUAGUUAUUUUAUCAUAUAGACAACAGACUACAUGUGUGUUGAAGGUAUAUUGUAAGCAUUGAAAUAAUGACAUGACCAAUAACUGGUCAAUAUUUGAGUUUAUUUAUUGAUGGCAAUUUGACGGGAUCGUUUUUAGUUUUAUAUUUGUAUUUAUUAUGGAUCCCCAUGCACACUAAACAAUUACUGUAUUUGUUGUCCUGCAUCAGAUUUACUUCAAGCAGUGAAAUACUGCAUAUGUCUAAAUCAUUUUAUGUUGUGUAUGUAUGAGGGAGAUGGAGAAAGAGUUACAUCAUAUGUAUCCUGUAUGGUUUUGUAAUUGGUUCUAUGAGACCUCUGGGGCACUCAUUCAUGUACAUUGAUCUACAUUGAUAAAGUUCAUCAUUAGGCUCCUGUAAAGAUAUUGGAACGCCAGAAAAAGACGAGUAAAUACGAUGACAACCUAUUUAACACAUCAGUGGAGAUAUCUGUUCAUUUUUGAAAAUCUCUGAUAUUUUUACUUUAAAAUAACGAAUACAUCAAUGAGCCCAGGAUUACAACUCAUGUUUCCUGCUUAUCACAUAGUGGUCUUAUGCUCUCUGCAUCAGCAUUCCAUUUAGCUAAGGCCAACAUGUGCCCCGCUCUCUGUUGUCUAUCACGGCAUACAGAACAUUAUACCUAGGAGGACCGAAGUCGGCCUGUUCAGUCGCCAAGCAAUGCAGGAUUAAUGAAGCACAAGUGAAUCCAUAUACACUGUUACGAAGCACAUAAUCCUUCAGUCAUACGGCUCAUGUGAAUAUAGCAACUAGUCACUCACAGAUUCAUUUGAAGGGCUCAAUUAAAUGCAAACUGUAUUUUUUCCCCCACCGUAAUAUAAACACUAUUUUCCCUGUGAUAAGAAAUGUACAAAUGUACUUAUUCAGAGCGACUUACAAUGUACAAUUUAUUGUCCCCCCCAAAAAAAAAAAAAAAAAAAAAAUCCCUUCAGCAUGUACGUUGGCAAGGCAGGCUUGGUUGAAUCUGGUCCUUUGUUGAUUAUUAUGUGCUUACUUGUCACCAUGUCCACGCCAUCCCUUUUCAUCUUUGUGUCACAAGUGUGGUGACAAUCAGUGAGAGAGCUGAUCUCUCCAUUGCUCAGCUGUAGUGUGAGUGGUGAUAUCUGACUGCAGGGAGAUUGGGCCUGUGGGAUUUCUCUGUUGCUGUGUGCUUGGUACAAGAGCAGUGUCUGAUGUGGUACUGGAAUUAUUUCUUCAAAUCGGAUCUCUUUAGUGUUGCGUAUGUCUGUAUGUGACAUCUAUUGUUAUUUGUGUGUGCACAUAACUGACACAUUUGUUCUAGACCUUAGUGUGUUUGAGUGAGUUUGCGAAAGAUAGGUGUAAAACAAUGUGUGUGGAUUGAAUUUGUGAUCUCUGUUGUGCUCUCUUUGUGUGAGUGCGUGCAUGUGUGAGUGUGUGUGCCAAAUAGUUUUCUACUUCUGUUGUUCUGGUGUUUUCAUCCCUAAGAACGAGCACAGGUCAAUAGGGGCCAUUAUAACAUAUCUAUGAACUAAAAGACUAAUGCAAUAGAUAUCUAGAUCAAUGUGAUGUUCUUUAUAGUUGUCAGCCUUGGGCGCUCUUUUGCUGAUUAGGCCUCCGCCAAACAAAUGUUUUCCUCUGAAAAGCGGUAUUUUGUCUCUGUGAUUGCCUGGCAGGUUGCAUGGUAAUCAUGAGAAAAGCACAUGACAUUUGUACAAAGCAAAUUCAAAUGACGUGUGUUACCAUUUGCAGAGUGGUUUUGGGGGAGUGUCAAAAUCCCAGCCAUUAUCCCAUUAGAUACGUGUAGUUUCAGGAUAAGAAUCUGGACUCUAGUUUUAGACCCAUCAACCUUUCAACUUUUCUCUGUUCAUAUCUCUCUAAGAUCAGAGGUCCCUGUGGCAGGCUUGUCAAAGUAGCCUUCCCAAUAAGCAGGAUGUUAAGCAUGCUUGUGGUGUCUGAUCUCUCUGGCUGUUCGUAUGCCUGGUCUGUUUGUCCAAAGCAGGAGCUGCUUUUGUAUUGCUGUCGUAUGGUGACACUUUGGGUCUUUAUGUACAGUAUCAGUUCUACGACCGCUUUUGGUCAGAGUGGGAUGACUUGGUGCAAGUUUUGUCUGUGUUUUUUUAAAGUAUGCCGUUGUUGGUAAGUCUUUGGUGAUCCUGUUAAAUAGUUGUACUUCUCUCUGCUUUCAGUGGGGGUUAAAGUUCAAGGAGAAAAGAAAUCAAAGCAAUAAAAGGGAUAUCUUUCGCCCUUUCCUAGUGAAGAGGCACAAGCAUAGAUGGGUUUCCAAAAGUAAGUAUUUCAAAAUGGCCACCAUGUUCUCGUCAAAAGAGCGCCCUCAGUAAAUUAAAGCUCAUGUCCACUUAGAUGAAACUGCCGUUUUUUAAUGUGACUUAAAAAUCAACGUGCUAUCAUUGUACUGUGUGUAGAAACUGUAGACGUUUGUACGUAUGAGUAUAAAAUAUGUGGACAAAAAAAAAGAUCAAGGAAAACACUUUGACAAGACUGUCAACAUGACGGAACACUAUUGUAUGUUGUCUUUGUUUUGUAAAUGACAAUUAAGAAAAAACAUGAAUAAAUUCUUCAGUAAUCACUCCCAUGGGAUGUUGAGAAUAUUUUACAGUGAUGCUGACCAGGUGCUGGAUGUAUUUAUUUUAUGUGAGAAUUGUUACUUAUGGGAUUCAAAUUUGUGGGCCAUUUGUCUAUCCAGUUCUAUGAAGAAAAUAAUAAACUACUAUGGACAUAAAAACAAAGUCCUUUCCCUGUUUUGUGAUAAGGAAAUUGUGUACGUGUGUGUGUGUGUCGCCGUAGGAAUCAACCAUGCUGAAUGCUGCUCUAAAAUGUGUAACAAACACAAGUCCUCUUACACAUCACUGUACCUUCUAUCAGUUAGCAGGAUGGCCAUCCUUAACUGUAAGGCCACAGACUCACUGUUAUAUGUUCGUCUAGAAGGCCAUUUUAGGUUCCGCUGCCAAAAUAUCGAAGCGCUUAACGUACCCAAGAUCAAUGAACUGUAUUUUAUAUAUUGUUCCCAACACAGUGCUUUUAGCUGUGCUGCCCCAUCAUAUUGUUUUGUAGAAGGGUUUACAACUCGGAUCAUUUUAUUCUGAUUGAUGAUUUUAAAUCCCAGAUUGGAGGGAUGUGCUGACCACAGAUUGUACAUGUUUUUAAACCUGCUCUCGUAUGCACUUUGCACUGUUUUAACUUCCAUUCAUUGUUAUUUUCAGGUUGUGUUGUGUCUCAUAUGUAACUAACUAUAAGUGUGCUGCUUGCUUGGGCUCGUAUGAAAAUGAGAAUCUCAAUGUGACAUUUCUGCAUAAAUAAAUGAUUAUUCGUAAUAUUAUUUUUAACA